AUGCAGGAGGCUAGCAUGCAGGAGGCCAGCAUUCAGGAGGCCAGCAUGCAGGAGGCCAGCAUGCAGGAGGCCAGCAUGCAGGAGGCCAGCAUCAUGCAUUCAGUGGUGCAAGCAUCACUACGACUGUGGCUGAAGAGCUUGAAUCUUCCUCGGCAGCCAAAAGCGUCCUGGCAUCGAGACAGACUUCGCGAGGAGCUUCAGGAGCUCCGACUUGCAAAAACCCAUUUCUCUAAAUUGAGUGAAGCAUCUGACGUCAUCUUUUCAAUUACACGGGCUCAACAUGACGGAUUUGCAUCUCGCCGGAUUCCUUUCUCUGGGUACCAAAUUGCCCCAAUCUGCAUUUACAUGUUGGCGAAGUUCACCUCACGCUGGUUCUUUUUCAAAGUAGCUACUCUUAUAUGCAUGGAAAAACGCUGGAACUCUAUACGUGAAGUGGUGAACCCGAGCAAAGAUGAAAAGGUCGCUUCUGUGGCGUGUCGCCAUCAAAUAGACCCUGAAAAGUUCCAGCGAGUCAGUCGGGGCCUCCGGCGUGUUUGGCCUCUUCUACCUUGA